AUGGUUGGCGAAAAGACUGGAUUUAGGUCGCGCAAACGGAGAACAGCACGGGCGUGCGAGGUGUGCCACGCCCGCAAGGUCAGAUGCGACGCCCAUGAAAGGAUGCCUUGCACGUCUUGCCAGACUUUUGGGCUUGUGUGCAGGCUGCGAGAGGUUAAAAGAGGCAAAAACGGCGGCCACGAGGGCCAUGAGGAGCUGGAUGCAGGUGCAGGUGCCGGUGCAGAGCCUGAGGGCCACGGUGACCUGGGACACGAGCAGACUGUCAAGGACGCGGUGUCGAACGGCAUGCCAUAUGGCGACGAUUAUCUGCGCAACAGAGGCGUGGAACCCGGCGUCUUUGUGGACGCGGAGCGGCGGGACCGCGACCGUGUGCAUGUGUACUUUGGGUCGUCGAGUUUUCUGAGUCUGUUGACGGGAUCAUCGUUCCCAGACGAGUCGCAUUUCGUGUCGGGCCAAAAAUUGCGACACACGCUCCCGCGAGCGGGCGAGGGAAGCCCGCGUGUCGCCAACAUGGAGAUUCUCCGCAUCUCGGGCGCUUUUCUGCUCCCUUGCAAGUCAAUCUGCGAUGAGCUGGUGAAUUUGUACUUUUCGUGGAUUCACCCGCUAAUGCCCCUGAUGGACCAAACCGCCUUUUUGAAAGAGUACGAGUCCAACACUUGCUCCAUAUUUCUGCUGCAAGCGAUGCUGUGCGUUGGUGUCAAGCUGUCUCAAAAUCCCCUGUUGACCGAUAAAGAUGGCUCCACAGAAUUGGCGUCCAACAUAUUCUAUGGUCGAGCCAAGGCUCUCUACGAUGGACGGUACGAGGAAAACGAAAUCGCCCUGCUCCAGGGCAUGAUUUUGCUGAGCAAACAGGCCUUUCAAGAAAAAAAUCUUAUCCACUCUCCACUGUACUACAUGAAGAACGCAAUCACCGUGGCGCAUACACACGGGCUUCAUCGGUCUGCGGACUUCCAUCCGACUUUGACCAACAACGAAAAGAAGACUCGCAAACUCAUUUGGUGGAUCCUCUACACUUUGGACACAUUCGCCUCUAUUUCCAUUGGUAGGCCGCAGGCGAUCCACCUAGAAGAUUGCGAUAUUCCCUUGCUUACCCAUGAUGACUUUGUAUUCGACGGACAGGCUCCAGAGCUCAUUACACCCAUCGACUAUAGAGAUUGCGUAAUUUCCACGGUCCAGAUCGCGGAGAUUAUGUCCAGAGUUUCAAGAGAACUAAACAGGCCCGUGGCUGCUCCGAGUGACAAGAAAACUGUUAUAAGGCAUUUCGAUGUAAUCCUCCAGCGGUGGCGCGAAAAUUUGCCCCCAACCUUAAGCUAUAACUCCAAUGCCGAGAUAUUUACAAAGCAUUCGCUGCCAAAAGCAUUUGUCAACGCGUUUUACUAUAAGACAUUAUGUCUCCUGCAUAAAUCCAAUAUUCACGAUAUGGAUGCUGCAAGUGAUGAGCAAUAUGUUUCCGCAGGUAUUGCCUUCCAAGCCGCACACUCCUUAAGUUUAAUCGGUCAGAUAUUACUCGAUCGCAACGAACUCGGAUACUGUUACGUUGGCCACGCAUAUUGCUUCUUCGAGGCCAUGAUCAUCUUCGUGCAUCAUAUGCACGACCCUGAUUCUAUCUUCAGACAGAUUGCAUUGAAAUGUUAUCACGUUCUGGAAAGAGUGCUUUACACACUCGGAAAACAGUGGAACUCGUGCACCCUCUUAAGUCAAAUCCUAUUCGCCUUUGGUCAAAACCCGGAGUAUGUUCGGGCGGUCAUUGCGCGGUUCAAAGCGAAAAUGAAGGAUUUGAAAAACCCUUACAUACCUAUUGAGGUUCCGAGUCCCGCUAGAAGUCUGGAAAUGGAGUUACAGAAACUUUCUCCUGCUCAUUCCAAAAAUUGGAGCAGUCCCCCUUUACAGCCGCCUGGUGUAAAUGCACCUAACCAUCCUUUCGAUGUUUAUGGCUCCUAUACUUCAGUUCCACCUUACGCAACCCAACCCCAUCACGAUCCACACAUGAAGUUUCCACCAUAUUUGAGAGGCAAUGCGCCCGUGCCAUAUGUGUCAACUGCAGCGCCAAUUGCUCCGUAUUCGGGCGGUGUCUCUAGCGAACGGAAUUUCACCACAACAAACAUCUCUCAGGGUGUUUCCUCUAGUCAAGUAUUUGAUCCACAUCUCUUGUUUCCAGACGUUUCGCAACCUUUGCCUGCCGACUUUCACUUCGAUAGCAACCCCCACGUACAACGGAGACCUGAAAUUGGAAAUGCACAAACUCAUGAUGCCACUGGUGUGCAAUCAAGCUUGCUCACGGGCGCUACAGAUUUACAGUUCGAUGGUGGGAACUAUCAAGAAAAUCCCGAACAGCAUUCAGGAGCUUCGGGGCAAGAAGAGAAAGCUCCACCUAAAAUAACGUCCAUCCCUCUUCCUCCUGGAUUUUGGGACAGUAUCCAAGUGAAUCUAAACUUUUUUAAGAACCCUGCUGAGAGCUCUCAAACUUGGCAUGUGAGCUCUCGCGAUGAGGCCGCUAAUCUAAAUUAUCCAUUAAGUGACUCUGAAAAUAGCUGA